AUGACGGACCCAGAUGCCAUUGGUGCCUCUAGCGACGUGUGGUCCAACAUCAACUGUAGCCGCAGCAGCCUCCCGGACGUCCGAGCAAUCCUCCAGCACGAGGAGGAAGCAGCAGCAGGUGACGCUGAAGCUGACGUACCUGGAGAUCAACAGCUGGGUGUGGGAGGUACACCAGCAACACCAAGCCGCCCCUCUGCGCAUCCUGGUGGACCCACUCGCGUCGUCGGCAACCUCGACUUCGGCAUGCCGUGGCUCUACGACAGCGCCAAGAAGAACCCGAAGGUGAAGGCCCUCGGUGUGGACGACCUCCUGGCGCCGGACGCGAGGCCGGACCUGCUGCUCAUCACGAACCGCCUGGACGACCACUGCCACGUCCGGACGCUGACGCAGCUGUCGGCCAGGGCGCCUGACCUGACGGUGGUGACCACGCCCAACGCGCGGGCAGUGCUCGCGUCCCUGCCCACGCCCUUCCGCCGCGUUACCUACCUGGAGCCCGGCGAGUCCACCGCCGUCAGCCCGGACGUCCGGGUGCUGGCCACCGCUGGCACCUUGCUGGGCCCGCCGUGGGAGCGCCCCGAGAACGGCUACUUCCUCCUCAUGCCCGCAGGCGCCGACGCCGACGACAGGAACGGCCUCCUGUACUACGAGCCGCACUGCCUGCACGACAGGUCGUUCCUGGAGAGGAAGCGGGUGCGGGCGGACGUGGUGAUCACGCCGGUGGUGAAGCAGCUCCCCUCCCCUCCCCCUCCCCCUCCCCGGCAACUACUACACGCUCGUCUCCGGGCAGGAGGACGCCGUCGACCUGGCCGGGAUGCUGCGAGCGAGGUACGUGGUCCCGAUGAGAAACGCCGACCUGGACGCCGGCGGGCUCCUGACCACCGUGCUCACCGAACAGGGGACGACACAGUCCUUCCAGGCGUUGCUGUCGGAGGCGCUUCCCCAGGUACAGGUCCUUGA